AUGAUAGUUUCCAGUUCCGAUAAUCAAACAAUCUGGUUCUGGAAUAUUGCAAUAAGCGAAUCGCUUCAAAUACUCAAGGGCUAUUCGAAUCUGGUUUGGUUGGUUACCUUUUCGCUGGAUAAUAAAGUGAUAGCUUCUAAUUCUGAUAAUCAAACAAUCCGGUUCUGGGAUAUUGCAACAAGCGAAUCGCUUCAAGUAUUCGAGGGCUAUUCGGCUUCCGGCUCCGACGAUCAAACGAUCCGGCUCUGGGAUAUCGCAACGGUUUUUGAAUGCUACUCGAUAUCAAAUCAUUGGAUAGUUGAAAUAAUAAAUAGAGAAAUGCGAAAUACGAUUUGGCUACCUUCAGACUAUCAGCUAUCUAUUACAUUUUGUUAUAAGGGAAUUAUAGCUCUAGGAGUUCCUUUCAGUUGUAUUUUCAUCUUGAAGCUUGAAUAUGAAAGUUUUAUAUCCUUUAGAUCAAAACAAGCUUUAAUCUAG